AUGUCCUUGACUGGAACUCACAGGGCAACGGAAAAGAGGACGCCCAAAACAAACAUCGCGCAGAACCAUAAUGGAAGAGCUAGCGAAGUCAAGAACAUCCUGGCCAGAAUUUUAAUUCUCGAUACACGUCAUAAGUUAGAAACGUUUGAUAUGACAAAAUGGGGUCAAGAAUUAAAAGAUAAUUCGAUUCAGAAAUUUCAAGAUAUUUUUAAAGUCUAUUUUCAUCAAUUAGAGGGACAACGUUCGACAGAAACAGCGGUGGCGCGACAAGAACGAGAAAAUCCUGGACCUGAAAAGUCGGACUUUGUAAUUGAUUUUGAUGCCUUGUACGCAGUAAAUCCUACCCCUGCCGAAGGAGAAUGGAUGCAGGAGCUUCAAAAAUACUAUUCAAUUCCCCGGUGUAAUAAAGACACAGAAACUCCUGUUGAAUUAAGAACAUUACUAAAUGUUUUUAAUGAGAAUUUAGAAGCGUUACGAAAUUUAGGUUUACCCGUAGAUUCGUGGGAUUUUGUUCUUUUUCAUAUUGCUCUUGCCAAGCUUGAUAUGCCUACACUAAAAAGAUUUGACUUAGAACAUAGCUCAACAAAUAUACCAACUUUCGAAAGUUUAAAAACUUUUUUGGAAAAACAUUCAUUUCUGGAAAGAUCACCUAAAGAAAGAUAUUCAAUUGCAAAACAACAUAAACUUUGUUUGAACUGUCUCUGUAAUAAUCAUAAUGUCGCUUCGUGUAGUUCUCGUUCUGUUUGUCACUCAUGUAAAGGAAACCACCACACUCUUUUGCAUUUUUCUACCGAAAAUCAAAUCGAAAAUCAAGAUGUAAUAUCGCCUCCUACGCCUAAGGAUUCUGUUGCUGGUUCUCUACAUACAUCUCAAAUUAAUCCUAUUCCAGGCACUUCUGGUUCUUCUCAAGUAAAUUCGUUAAUUAGUCUCUUAUCGUCAGGCUCGCCUGUUAUUAUUUCUACCGCUCUCAUCGAAAUUCGCGAUGAAUAUGGAAACUUCCAUAAAGUCAGAGCUAUCAUUGACUCCGCUAGUGAAUGUAGUUUCAUUACGGAGAAAUGUGCCAAUAGGUUAGGAUUGUUCAAACAAAAAAUCAAUUUAUUGAUCUUCGGAGUUGGCCAAGUAUCGUCUACCGCUACCAGCUUCAUCUCGUCUCAAAUUCGCCCAUGCAACUCAUCGUCGUCGUCAUCUCUAUUAAUCGAGGCAGUCGUAUUGCCUAAAAUUGGAAAGCCUACUCCUUCCUCGCCUUUAAAUCUCGAUUGUUGGCCUCAUCUUUCCGGUAUAAAGCUAGCAGACCCCUAUUUUGGAAAACCUGCUCCAGUUGAUCUACUACUAGGAGCAGAAUUAUAUCCCUUUUUAUUAAAGGACCAAAGAAUUCUUACUCAUAAUCCCAAAAUGCCUUCUGCUAUUCUCACUAUUUUUGGUUGGGUUCUCAGUGGUUAUGCUUUUCCACCAGAUUGCGUAAAAACUAGUUUAUGCAGUGUGGUGUGCUCAGAAGAUUUUCAAGAUUCCAUGGAUUCAUUCAUUAAAAGAUUCUGGGAGAUUGAGGAACUGCCACGAAAAAUAUUUCGUUCUUCGGAAGAUGAGUUAUGCGAAAGCAUAUUUCUUAAGUCUCUCUGGCGUUGUGAUUCUGGUCGUUUUAUCGUGGGCUUACCAUUUCGACAUAUCUCGCCAAUUUUCGCUGGUUCUCGCUUACCCGCAUAUCGUCGUUUGCUUUCGCUAGAAAAGCGAUUACUAAAUUCUUCUCUCUAUGACAGUUACUCUGAAGUAUUACAGGAAUAUUUGUCGUCGGGAUAUAUGGAAAAAGUGUCUGCUCACCAAGCUUCGGAUGAAGGUCAUUUCUAUUAUCUCGCUCAUCACCCUGUAGUUAAACUCAGUAGUGCUACUACUAAAAUUCGAGUAGUAUUUGAUGCUUCGGCUAAAGAUUCCAAGGGACAGUCCUUGAAUGAUAAUCUUUUAACGGGAGAGAAAUUACAAAAGGAUAUAUUCUCAAUAUUAUUAAAAUUUCGCAUUGAUAAAAUCGUAUUCACUGCAGAUAUUAAACAAAUGUAUCGGCAGAUUUGGAUAGAACCAAAGCAUACGGAUUAUCAACGUAUUUUGUGGCGGUUCUCUCUUUUCGAAGACGUUCAAGACUACCGUUUGAAAACUGUCACCUUUGGAGUUAGCUCAUCUCCAUUUCUAGCUCUUCGCACCAUUCAACAACUUAUUGCAGAGGGAAAAGCUUCAUUUCCACUAGCUGCAAAAGUUCUAGAAACUGACAUUUUCGUAGACGAUGUUGUAACAGGCUGUUCAUCGGUCGAGUCUGCAUUACAAUUACAGCAAGAGCUUGUGGCAUUAUGCAGUUCUGGAGGAUUUGAACUUAGAAAAUGGUCCAGUAACUCACAAAUUCUUUUAGAUAAAAUCGCGUCAUCUGUGUGUCACGAUUCUUCUUUUUCUUUUGAUUUUGAAAAGGACAUGGUUCUCAAAACUCUCCAGUGGGUUCCACUGCAAGAUUAUUUCACAUAUAAAGUUGAUAUUCUGGAAAGGCCAUGUAUAGGGUGGGAUGAAAAACCGCCUGAUCGCAUUUUGGAAAUUUGGGAAAAUUAUAAAUCCCAACUGCAUCUCAUUUCGUCUCUUAAUGUUCCUCGUCGCAUCACUUGUAAUGAUGUCAUAUACUACGAACUUCACGGGUUCUGUGACGCAUCAGAAAAAUAUUAUACGGCUGUUGUUUACCUUCGUGCUCUUUCUCAUAAUUCUCAAUAUCGUGUCUCUUUGGUGAGCGGAAAAUCAAAAGUUUCGCCCUUAGAACGAAUCUCUCUUCCUCGACUGGAGUUAUGCGCUGCAGUCUUAUUGUCUGAUCUUAUUGCAGCAAUCUCAAAAACGCUGGAAAACAAUCUUAAGUUUUGUAAGCUUUAUGCGUGGUCAGAUUCUAUGGUAACUAUUUCUUGGAUUAAAUCUUCACCUCAUCGUUGGAAUUAUGUGGAAUCCAAUAAGAACCCUGCUGAUUGUGCUUCGCGAGGUCUGUUACCAGAGGAUCUAGUAAAUCACGCCCUAUGGUGGGCGGGACCACCAUGGCUUAAAGAGCCACAAAACUGUUGGCCUUCUUUUAAUCACUCUGUAGACCCUAGUUCUUUGUCAAUAAAGGAGGAAAAAAAAGAUGCAGUGAGUGUAGUGGCAUCAUGCCUGCCUAUCGACUUCUUGGCGGGAGAACGCCCGCGACAACACCGUAAGAAGAAAGCCGAGCAGCGACAGAUCUUCUGUGAAGAAGAGAGGCCUGAAAGUCAUCGUCUCUGGCAAGUGAGAUGGGACAAUCGACGAAAGGUCGGUGGACACAUCGACUAA